AUGAAAUCUGCUUCUACAUUAGAUGAUAUUUUAGUCCCUAAUAGAGAAGCAGCUGAGAGAAUGGAAUUAACGGAAUUUUGUUUCCCUGGCAUGAUGAGAAAAUCAGUUCCUGGCAGUGUUGAGAUCAGUAAUGAACCUACGAAAAGUGUACACUCUCCUGCUUGUAUUAUGACUUUGAAUUCCUUCUUUGAGGAACUCGAAUCUGAUCUGAGGCUUUCCAGUCCCGUCAUUGAACCUGACAGUCAGAAAUGGGCGACAGUGGAUUUGAAGUUGGGGAAGCUAACUGGUUGGAAGGGAGACAAGACCACUCGAUUUUCAAAUGAAAGGGUGGUGGUGUCUUCUGAAGGAUCUUCAUUGCUGGGAAAGAGAGUGCGCACAGAAAAAUUGUGUGUUCAGACUCCUGUUUGCCAAGUUCAUGGAUGUAACAAGGAUCUAUCCUCCUCAAAGGACUACCAUAAAAGGCAUAAAGUUUGUGAUGUGCACUCAAAGACUGCUAUAGUCAUUGUUAAUGGCAUUGAGCAAAGGUUUUGUCAACAGUGUAGCAGGUUUCACUUGCUGGGUGAAUUUGAUGAUGGUAAGCGCAGUUGCCGCAAACGCCUUGCAGGCCACAAUGAACGCCGGAGAAAGCCUCAGUUAGGUAUUCCGUCUGGGAAACCAAUGAAGUUGCUUCAAUACUAUCCAGGUGCCAGGUUUCUGGGAUCUUCUUUACCAGAAAGAUCAUCAUCUGUCUUCCCGAACAUACCUCCUGGUGGUUUCCUUUGUCCAGAAAGAUGUGAAAAAGGUAAUCAAUGCAGGCAUAUCAAAUUAGAUGAAGACAAAAUUUACAACCCUCCAUCCGGAUUGCCCAUUUCAAAUGGACAGGCACUCCCAAAAUCCUUCCUUGAUCUGCAUUGCAUUGGAAACCAAUAUCCUUCAGAAAGUUUUUCUUCAAUUACUCACUACCCUAGUCCUGAUAUGGCAUCAAGUAUUCAAGAAUCAUCUGGGUUCUCAACCUCAAGGAGUGCUCUCUCUCUUCUGUCAGCUGAAUCAAGAGGUUUUUCUAGUCAUUCUACUGAUAUGCCAACAGCUGUUCCUUUGAUUGUCCAAGGUGAGCUUAAUGCUCACCAAGUUUUAGGCCAAAAUUCUUCGAAUCCUCUAUGUAUAAGUGUUCUCGAAAAUUAUGUGCCAAAUGGGUUCUUCUCAUCUGGAAUGGACUCUGCACUUGCCAAUGUAGGGCCUCCAAUGCUCCCUGAUAAUGGCAUUUCUGUCAACUUUGAAGUCCAGAAGGGUGGAAUUUUUCCACGAUCUGAUGCUAUGGAUUCUAAGUAUUGUCUCUCUCCCGAAUCUGGGCCCACUGUUGAUUUGCUUCAAUUGUCAACACAUCUGCAAAGAGUGGAGCAACACAGGAAUUAUGUGCAAGUGAAGCAGGAAAAUGACAUCUUUUGCUGUUCUUCUAUCACUUAAAGAUUAUGAAAGAAAAAAGGUUAUUGGGAGGCUGCAACCCUCCAAGGGGUUGGCUCAGUAGCAUAUAUUCCUCCUCAAAAGGGGAGAGACUAGAGAGAGAGAUCACAUGAUCAAAAGUCGAUCCUCAACCCCUCGGAAACAUCUCCAGCAUCAUUUGGGUAGAUUAUCGUGGAAACAGAAAAUAUUUUUGGGUGCGUCACCCUGUGCUCUACUUUAAUCUUCAUGUUGAGGUAGUUUGUGG